GUUCCACUGCCCGACGCUCGCAGACGGCACAAGAGGCGCCCAAGAGAGCCCCAUGACAUCUCAAGAGGGCGCCAGGACAAAAUCCAGAGCGGCUUGAGCUCAAGAAGCAAUUUGGCUGGAGGUUCCGUUUCAACAAGUGUCUCGACCGCCAGUCGCAUUGCUCGCACAUCAUGGGAAGACUCGGUGCGAUCCAGAGGGUCGUAGAAUCAUAUCUCAUCAGCGUCGCACCAAGCACGCCGGCAUUUGGCUUCUUGACCCUGGUGCCGUGGAGCUCGCAGGAGAAGCCGGCCAACGUGUUAGCAUUUGAGGCAGGUUGUGGAGAUUUGAGCUUGGAAAGCAUCGCCCAGAUAGUGGAGCAGCACGAGGUCGUGUUGAUCGUAUCCGUAUACAGGACGAAGAAAGAGAAGAGAAGCGUGGUACGUCUUCUGGACUAUGUUAAAACAACGCAUCCAGACGCCGUCGUCUUCCUGGUGCAGCUUCCAGAUCGGUUGGAUCCCGAGCUGACCAACUCCUACCUGAAUGAACUGAUGGUGCGGCAUCACGAGCUCUACAGCGUUGUGGCGGAUGGCGUGCUGAUGGAGCUGGCAGGUGACCCGUGGGGGCUGCAACAUAAGUUAAGUUUGGAGCUCCAAGAGAACGCCGCCAUCCAGCUGCGCAUGCGGGCACGAAUCAGCACUGUCAACGAGGGAUUGCCCUCAGCCAUGCAGCUCAAAGACAUGGAGGACGAGUUCCGCAGUUUGCUCUGGAAUGCCAUCCCGGAUGUGCUGAUGCCCGAUUUCGCGCCUUUGGACGAGCGCCUGCUGGAAUGUGGGAGUCGGGUUGGGGAUUUCCAGCUCGUGCGCCCGUAUUCGGAUCACCAGCACGUGUCGUUGGCCGUGAACGGGCAGCAUGAAAACGUAGUGAUCAAAGUGUACGACAAGCGCAGCGUCACCGAUGCCAAGGAGGUGGAGAGCAUAUACAGGGAAUUCUGUUUGUUGACGCACACCCUCGACCACCCACACGUCAUCCGUUGCGUAGGCAUGUUGCACAGCCAGUGUAGUGUGCGUUUGGUUCUCCAGUAUGGUGGAGACGUGUGCAUGGAGCAGGUGUUGUCCACUCAGACUGGGUACCGCUUGCCCAGGGACGAUGCCUUGGAUUGCAGUGCCCAGAUCGCCAGUGAUCUGUCCCACUGCCACGCCCAGGACGUCGUCCAUGGGCAAGUGUCUUUGAGGCACGUGGCUGUAGAGACAGCAUGGAAUGGACACAUCUGCCGCCUCGUUGAUUUCAGCAUGGCAGCCCGCGUUCCGAACUCCAGCACAAGGGAGACCCCGUGCGGAUCUCUGCCGUGCGCGGCUCCAGAGGCGGCGCUGAGCGAGCCGUACUUGCCUAAGCCAGCUGACUGUUGGAGUCUUGGGGUGUUUCUCCUGGAGACCGCUUGUGGGCAGGGUUCUCUCAAGUUGUCGGUCCAGUGGCGCCGUGGCGAGUCCCUCGCAUACGCCGCGCGGCAAGUACUCGAGUUUUUCUCCCAGGCUGGUUGCCACAUCGAGGCGAUGACGAAGAUGUGUAAGUCACUCGACGGCGUAACACUGGCGUGCUUGGAGGCGUUGUUGAAGCCCGAGCCGGCCCGCAGAGCAAGUGCCUCCGACGUGGUAGGGAUGUUAUCUACUCGGCGCACCGAGCAGGCCAAUCUUGAUUGAUUCGUUGUUGGUUACCUUUACACUUUGGGCACGCAUGCAUGGAACGCAUGCAGCUCACAUUCUGUGCGCAGGCUUCCAUCAAGUUUCGGCCCCAAACGGCGCUGUCAGUCAGACGCCGCAGGGUCAGUACCCACGAGGCCUGAUGCUUAGAGCUGAAUUCGUCCACGCGGCAGGCGAGCACUGAGGAGACAAUAUGAGUAUGAGUAUGG